AUGGCGCCUUCGCGAGCUGCCCCCAGCGGGGCGAUCGCUCUCGGACUAGCCAAACGAUCAACCUUGUGGACUAAAGGGCUGAAACCGACCUUUCUCUGUUUGAUUUUCUCCUGUCUCAUUGCAUUCUUGGGGUUGCCGAGCGCCUUUUGGACCUUCGAGGCUGGCGUUGACGCCUUGUCUGUAUCGACUCGUGCGUCGGUGCACAAGGAUGUUGCAGAGAUCAGCGCGAAUCAGUCGGAUCAGGAGCGUUCUAGCGUUGAACAGCCCAGCGAAUCAGAUGCUCAGCAAUCUGUCUCCUCCGCUGACUUAGCGGCUCCAGAAAAGAAGGACGAUCUUCCCGAUAAGAAACAGAGCCCCAGUGAAACCCCGGAAGCAAAACCUGAGAAAGUGAAGGCACCAUCCGUUUCCUCACCGCCGUCGAGCCCGACCCCAAGCCCUGACACGGCCCCAGCUGCGACGCCCAGCACCACUACAGACAAGUCACCGGACACAUCAAAGAAACUGAACAAACCAGCCCGUUCCAAAAAGAAAGAUGUUCGAGCGGUCGAUGGAUCUCUGGCAGAGGCGGUUAUUGACCAGUUGGAUAGUAUCAAGUCUGUCCAAGUUUCCGGUGCCUUGUUACGUCGCAUCUGGAAGGAGCAUCAGCGAGUCGGGGAAGAUAUGCGUGAUUUGCUGAGAGAAUACCUCUUGGCUCUCGAGCGAGAGCUGUACACGCAGCAGGCGGAAAUUUUUGGGCUUGAGAAACUGAAGAUGGACGAAGUGAUCCGCCACGAGCACUAUCCGGAGGCGAGGCAGCGCGAGGUGGAGCUGGAGAUGCAGGCGCUAGCAGAACAACACAAAUUCAUGAAAAAGCUUUUCAGUCGCAUGCAUGCCAACACAGAAACAAAAAGCACAGCAGCGCUCGUGAACAGGAUCGAAGAACUGGAUAAGCCAGUUGACAUCGUUGACGCUACCGACAAGGGAUCUGGAGCUGAUGUUCUUCACGGUUUGAAAGUUGUUGGUAAAGACAUCAAAACUAUGCGGGAAUCGGUUAAGAAGUUUUCCCGCGAGCUUGAGACGCUGGAACGGUUAUAUUCCGAACAGCCUUCUGGGGAACAUGACGAAAUCAGAAAAACCCUAGGUGCUGUGAUGGAUCCUCUGGCCGGACCCGUCAGCUCUAUGGACUAUCAAUCGCUUUCCUGGAUUCCGAAAAAGGGGAAAGUUCUUGGUUAUGUCGAUAAGGCCUACCAUAAAAGUAUGGAACAUGAUGAUGAUGCGUUUCUCGAUGAAGACGAUGACAUGGAUGUCGACGAAGACCACUACGAUCCUUUUGACCCGCAUGAUCCCUGGGACGUUGACGGCGAUGGCGAUGAUGACGAUGAUGAAUCCAGUGAAACACCCCGGAAAAAGGGGAAGCAUGGGCGUCCGGGGAAGAAGUCGCACCUCGGGAAGGAAAAGAGUUUUUGGAAACAUGAUUUCGGCCUUCCUUGGGAGAAGGAUAAAUCGCAUCGCCGUCACAAGGGUUCUUCCAGCAAAUCUUCGGGCCAUCAUUCACGCAGUCAGUCUGUGUCGUUUUAUGCGAGCCCGGCGGAACCUGUUGAGGAACACGAGGAAGAUUCCGCCGUGAGCCAUGAUGAUUCUUCCGUUUUCCCAGGUCUCUUCUUUCUUGAGCUUGGCAGCAAACGGACCGUCGGAACGGCAGCUGACAAUGCCAUAGACGCAAAGCAGAGAUCCUUUGUGCAGCGGAGUCAACACUCUGUGCAAAUCCGGGAGCACCGCGCCACAGACGACCAAGACAGAUUCAUGAACGGAGAGCAGCCUUUGAGCUUCCUCCAGACAAGGGGUGCCAGCGAAGAGGCCGGAGGCUCUGAGGAGGUCGGCUCUGCAAGCGCAAACCAACAAUAUGACGGUGAAGGACAGGGCUCCGCAGAGGACGGGAUAGAGGAUGAGAGUGACAAGGCAGGAGAGACAAAAGCAGAAGGGGCUCAUGGGGCAGCGGGCAAGGGUGUGCAGCAGGCAGCGGAUACCGAGGAACCCUCAAGUGAGAGGGAAGAAGAAAACGGAGGACACGAUCACCCGCAUGAGAGUGAAAGCGGUGUAGGACCAGACGAGAAAGGGGGACACGAUCACCCGCAUGAGAGUGAAAGCGGUGUAGGACCAGACGAGAAAGGGGGACACGAUCAUCCGCAUGAGAGUGAAAGCGGUGUAGGACCAGACGAGAAAGGGGGACACGAUCACCCGCAUGAGAGUGAAAGCGGUGUAGGACCAGACGAGAAAGGGGGACACGAUCACCCGCAUGAGAGUGAAAGCGGUGUAGGACCAGACGAGAAAGGGGGACACGAUCACCCGCAUGAGAGUGAAAGCGGUGUAGGACCAGACGAGAAAGGGGGACACGAUCACCCGCAUGAGAGUGAAAGCGGUGUAGGACCAGACGAGAAAGGGGGCAAUGAGUCAGAAGCGAGUCACACCAGUGGCAGCAAGGACCACCCCAGAUGCAUUGACAUUCUGGAUCCGCAGAAGUGUGUCGAGACCACGAACUGCUUCCAUGACGACGUCUACCGCCAAUGCUUUUUCAACUGCACGUCGGUCUCGCUCACCAGACAAUCAUUCGAGGGCAUUAUGCGUGGAUGCGAGGAGUUCCGGGACAAACCGUCAUGCGAUAUGAUGGAGAGAGCCACAGCCCGGCUCAAAGAGUCGGGGACUCCUGUUAUCUACGACUGCCACUGGCUAUCUGAGGGCCCUGAGGUUUCAGAUACAACGCCAAGUGACAGCAAACAACCUGGCGACAAAGAGGAAAAAGAGGUUGGCAAGGAGGAGGCAGCCCAGACGAAUGGUGGCCGUAGCGUCUGCGUCAACCGUUUGGAGGCUCCCACAGCCGAGAAACUUUUGUGGGGGACAAUCAUUGCAGAGAAACAAAGGAGGCUUGAAGAGUUGGAAAUCAGCAGGAACCUCACACCAGACAAAGUCUGUGUUCGGCCUCGCGAACUGGCUAACGCCACGCUCCAUCCCGAUAAGCCUUUCUACGCACUCGGCGACCAGGUGAAAUGCCGUCCCGGAUCUUCUUUCAUGGGAGUACGGCGGGUAAUCACCUGCCACGAGGAAGGCAUCUUUGAUCCACAGGUUGCCUGUAUCCCGAAGGGGACCCUCUCCAAUCAGCAGCAAGCGUUCAUGAAGGAGGUCGAAGACUAUGCCGAAGUCGUAGAGGCCGAACCAGGAUGGGCAGCCGCUGGCGCGGAGACUGGCAGCUCAUCAAUCACAGCUAGCAUGCAAGGCAUCGCAAAUGCUGCCCAUGCGCUUAUUGCAGUUUCGACGAUCCUCACAACUCUCUAG